AUGUGUGGAUCUCUCAUUACUCCCUUCUUUCCCCCUUACGCCGAUAAAAAAGGAAUAUCCUAGACCACUUUGGGAUUGAUAAUAGCUGCUGGUCCCUUCGGUGGAUUAUUAGCUUCAAUUAUAAUUGCUAAAACUUUGAAUCACAGAAACAGGAACAAAUACAUAUUAAUUGGAGUGUUGGGAGAACCUCUAAGUUUACUGUUUUUUUCCUUGACUGACCUUUUUGAAGAUAAAGUUCCGAUCAUCAUAAUUGCAUCUAUAGGGAGAUUUAUAGGAGGAAUUGGAACAUCCUUAUUUUUGACACCUUUCUUUGGGUAUAUUCCAAUUUUAUACCCCAAAGAUGUUGAAAAAAAAGUGAGCAUUAGUGAAGCAUUUAGUAGCGUAGGAUUUUUUGCUGGGCCUGCAUUGGGAUCAGCUCUGUAUGCUUUGGGAGGUUACUUGACUCCGUUCCUAGUAUUUAGUUCGUUUGGAUUCCUCUCGUUGCCAUUUUUAUAUGCAGCAUUGUAAUCUGUGGGGCCAAAAAAAUAUUAAGUGGAAGUGUAAAGAUAGAUUGCAGAAAUCGAGGAAACAAAGAAGUUGACAGAAAUUUAGCAAACUCUUUUGGCAACUCAAUAAUUAGAUGGGGAACAACGAUUAACUUUCCUUUCUUUGGUUCAACAUUACCCAGUUGUUGUUAUUUUUUGGGUUAUAACCCUAGUAAACAUUUGCAUGACAUACUUCCAACCAAUCUUAUCAAUCUACUUUACAAAGCAAUACGAUUUUGACGAGGGCUAAAUCGGCUUCAUCAUGACGAUAGUAUCCUUGGCUUACACUUUAGGAUGUUAUCUUUGCGGAUAUAAUAGAAACUAUAAACGAGAAAUGGCUUGCAUUUGUUUGUUUUUCUUUGGUUGUUCCUAUUUCUUGGCUGGUCCUGACACUGAACUCAUUCAAGUUCCCCAUAAAUUGUGGAUUGCUCUGAUGGCACAGUUCUUAUUGGGAGUUUUGAGUGGUCCUGCUUAUGUUCCUUCUCUGCCUGUGUUGAAUGAAUUCUUGUUGUUCCAUUAUCCAAUUCAGACCAUCAGAGUGGCCACUUAUUCUUCUGCUUUAUUGACUAGUGGAAUGUUUAUUGGUCAGUUAACUGGACCCAUAAUUGCAGGUAUUUUGGGGGAUGAAUAUGGAUUUGAACGAGCUUGCAGUAUUUUGGGAGUCAUCAUUAUUGUCACGUCGUUUAUCUAUGUUCCAAUCAUAUUUAUGAAGUCUAAAAAAGAAAAUAAAUAAGCAUUAUUAUCAUGAUCAUUUGUAUAUAAAAAUUGACAUCAAUAAUUUAAUA